AUGCAUCGCGCCAAGACAAAACUUGUGGUUCCCGUCAACUUUGCGACGGAAUGGUCAUCCGAAGACGGCACUGCCGUAAAGGUUGACAAAGUUCAGACGCUAUUUGAAACCUUCCUCGUCGAUGACGACUGCAGUGAUCUCGACCAGGAAUGGCUUAGCUUCGUCGAAGACCACCCAGACUGCGGAGAUGAACUUUCGCUUCUGGAUCAGAACCUCCUGUCCUUCGGCCGUGUGGAAGACGCUUCUGGUGCGCGCUACGAGGCAACCGUCGACGUCCGAGGUUACCUUCCUGAGGAAGUGUCUGUGAAAGUGGCUGAAGGAUGGGUGCUGGUGUCCGCCGUCAGCAAUCACGAGCAACUGACGGGGAACGAGGAGAAAAAAACAGCUUCCAAGUUUGAGAGACGCUUCGUGCUUCCAAGUGGGAUAGACCCAGAGAGUGUGUCGACGAAGCUUUCUUUGGAUGGUCGCCUAAGAGUGAUGGCCCCCGAUUGGAAUUUGGAGCGAACCUGUGGUGCUCCAGCGAGUUUCAGUGAACCUGGCACGAGUAGUGGUGGUGUUCAGUCUGACGAUUCGAAAAGUUCUAUAGUAAGUCGAUAG